AUGUCUUCUAAAAACUUAUAUAUAAAUCAAGAUACAAAACUAUCACCCAUCAUAAACAACACCAAAAUACAUACUGAUGAUUCAACACCAUUUGAAUCAAAAGCUUCCCUAGAUAAAUCAAGUAUUGAAUACAUCAUCAAGACAGGUCUUGCAGGUGGGUUAGCAGGUUGUACCGGAAAGACUUUAAUAGCACCAUUAGAUCGUAUCAAAAUCCUUUUUCAAACUUCAAACCCCCAAUAUGCAAAAUAUUCAGGUUCAAUAUUUGGUAUGAUCAAAGCUGGGAAUCAAAUUUUUAAAAAUGAUGGUAUCCUGGGGUUUUUCCAAGGUCAUAGUGCAACUUUAUUAAGAAUUUUCCCUUAUGCUGCUAUAAAAUUUGUUGCUUAUGAACAAGUACGAAGAAUCUUGAUCCCAAAUGAUUCUUAUGAAACUUCAAUUAGAAGAUUAUUAUCUGGGUCCAUAGCGGGCUUGUGUUCAGUUUUUAUAACUUAUCCAUUAGAUCUUAUUCGUGUUAGAUUAGCUUUUGAAACCAAAAAAACUUCAUCCCACAAUGGAAGAUUAAUAACAACAAUAAAACAAAUUUAUAAAGAACAUCCAACCCUAAAUAAAGAUUUAGUUUUUAUAAAUCAAUUGAAAAAAACCCUACCACAUUCAAUAUCAAAUUUAACAAAUUUUUAUAGAGGUUUUAUACCAACUAUAAUGGGUAUGAUCCCUUAUGCAGGAGUUUCAUUCUGGACACAUGAUUUAAUCCAUGAUAUUUUCCGUCAUCCUUUAUUAUCAUCAUAUACCUUAGAUCAAGAAAUACCCACACUUGAUCAACAACAAACCUCAGGAGGUUUAGGCUCAAGAGGUAGAACUCCAUUAAAUACAUGGGCUCAAUUAUUAGCUGGUGGUCUUGCAGGUAUGUUUUCACAAACUGCAGCAUAUCCUUUUGAAGUUAUAAGGAGAAGAUUACAAGUUGGUGGUGUUAAUAAUGGGAAAUUUAUAGGUAUAAGAGAAAUGGCGUUGAAAAUUUGGAAAGAACGUGGUGUUAAGGGGUUUUAUGUUGGUUUAAGUAUUGGUUAUAUAAAAGUUAUUCCAAUGGUUGCUUGUUCAUUUUUUGUUUAUGAACGGACGAAAUUUAAAUUAGGUGUAUGA